UUUCACAUUAAACAGAUGAUUUAUAUUAUAUUUUUUAUAGCAUCCUACAUUCAUGUGUGCGGCCGCAAAAAUCCUAAUUUUAACAAAUGCCUUUUGGACAGUAUUAACAUUGCAAAGGCUAAGGUCUGUACAGGGAUGCCAGAAUUUGACAUUUCUCCGAACGAGCCACUGACUGUGGACAAAAUAGUUAUGUACAACACAAACAACCUUAAAUUAAAUUUCGAAGAUGUAAAAGUGAGAGGAUUUUGCAAUUUUGAAGUAAAGUCUAUUAACACAUCCUCUGAUAGGCUUCACUUUGAAAUUGAUGUUGUGGAAAAACGUAUUCAAUUGGCCUCCAAGUAUGACUUCGACAUACGUAUAUUGGUGUCACUUGCUAAUAAGGGACUUAUUCAUGCUAUUUCAGAUAACACAGACGUAA